UGCUGCCUCAUUGCCAGGACUGAAUCAGUGCUGGUGCCAGCGCCAGAGGCGAGGGCUGUGACGCGCGGAGACACUAGGCGCGGACCGCCGCGGGAUGGUGCGUCCAGCCCAGAGAGACUGUUCCGGAGUGGUGUCUGGAGCGGCCCUCCAGGGUCGGGACAGAGGAAAGGACACGUGAGCAUUCAGGCAUCCUAGUUGGGUGAGGGGGCCCACUCUGCAGAGGCACGCCCCCUCCUCUCGGGCCCGUCACCGCCCCGCCCGGCUCCAGGCCCUGCCCAGCCCCGGCAGCCCCGCCCCUCCCCGCCGCCGCCGGGAACCCGGGGGGCCGCCACCGCUGAGCGCCUGCCAUGCGCGCCAUCCCCGCCGCCCCGCUGCUCCAGCUGCUGCUCCUGCUGGGGCCGGGGCUCCAGGCUGUGGACCUCGCGGAGACGCCGCUGCCCGCCGUGGUCCUUGCAAUCCUGGCCCGCAAUGCCGAGCACUCUUUGCCUCACUACCUGGGCGCGCUGGAGCGGCUGGACUACCCCCGGGCUAGGCUGGCCCUCUGGUGUGCCACAGACCACAAUGUGGACAACACCACGGAGAUGCUGCAGGAGUGGCUGGCAGCUGUAGGCGAUGACUAUGCAGCUGUGGUCUGGAGGCCCGAGGGGGAAGCCAGGUCCUACCCAGAUGAAGAGGGUCCCAAGCACUGGACCAAAGAAAGGCACCAGUUUAUAAUGGAGUUGAAGCAGGAAGCCCUGACCUUUGCCAGGGACUGGGGGGCUGACUAUAUCCUGUUUGCAGACACAGACAACAUUCUGACCAACAACCAGACGCUGCGGCUUCUGAUUGAGCAGGGGCUGCCCGUGGUGGCUCCAAUGCUGGAUUCCCAGACCUACUACUCCAACUUCUGGUGUGGGAUCACCCCCCAGGGCUACUACCGCCGCACAGCCGAGUACUUCCCCACCAAGAACCGCCAGCGCCGGGGCUGCUUCCGUGUCCCCAUGGUCCAUUCCACCUUCUUGGUGUCCCUAUGGGCUGAGGGGACAGCCCAGCUUGCCUUCUACCCACCUCAUCCCAACUACACCUGGCCCUUUGAUGACAUCAUUGUCUUCGCCUAUGCCUGUGAGGCUGCUGGGGUCUCAGUCUAUGUGUGCAAUGAACACCGUUAUGGGUAUAUGAACGUGGCAGUAAAGUCCCACCAGGGGCUGGAGGAUGAGAAGGUCAAUUUCAUUCACCUGAUCUUGGAAGCACUAGUGGACGGGCCCCCCAUGCAGGCCUCAGAUCAUGUAUCUCGGCCCCCAAAGAGGCCCAGCAAGAUGGGGUUUGAUGAGGUCUUUGUCAUCAGCCUGGCCCGCAGGCCCCACCGUCGAGCUCGCAUGCUGAGCUCGCUCUGGGAGAUGGAGAUCUCUGGGCGGGUGGUAGACGCUGUGGACGGCCGGCUGCUGAACAGCAGUGUUCUCAGGAACCUCGGUGUAGACCUGCUUCCUGGUUACCAGGACCCCUACUCAGGCCGCACACUGACCAAGGGCGAGGUGGGCUGUUUCCUCAGCCACUACUCCAUCUGGAAAGAGGUUGUCGCCAAGGGCCUGUCCCAGGUCUUGGUGUUUGAGGACGAUGUGCGCUUUGAAAGCAACUUCCGGGGGCGUCUGGAGAGAAUGAUGAAGGAUGUGGUAGCACAAAACCUUCCGUGGGACCUGAUCUACCUUGGCCGGAAGCAGGUGAACCCUGAGGAAGAGGUGACCGUGGAGGGGCUACCAGGCCUUGUGGUGGCUGGAUACUCCUACUGGACGCUGGCAUAUGCCUUGAGCCUGGCAGGUGCCCAAAAGCUACUGGCCUCCCAGCCUCUUCAUCGCAUGCUGCCUGUGGACGAGUUCCUGCCUAUCAUGUUUGACCAGCACCCCAACGAGCAGUACAAGGCUCACUUCUGGCCAAGGGACCUUCAGGCCUUUUCUGUCCGGCCCUUGCUUGCUGCUCCCACCCACUAUGCAGGGGAUGCUGAGUGGCUUAGUGACACAGAGACAUCGUCCUCCUGGGACGAUGACAGUGGCCGCCUCAUCAGCUGGACUGGCUCUCAAAAGACCCUGCGUGGCCCCAGCCUGGAUCUGGCUGGCAGCAGUGGGCACGGCCUCCAUCCCCACCACCGGGAUGAGCUGUAGGUCCAAGUGGGAGAGCCAAGAGCAGAGCUGGAGACUGCUAGCAGGAACCACUAGAAGCCACGGAGCUAGCAGACACCUGUUUGCCACUCUGUCCUCUGGAAUCGUCCCACUUUGGGAAAACCAUUUGAGAUGGAGCCCAUGAAAGGUCACAUGGAAAAAGCAGGACUCAAAGGCUUCUGACACUUUGAGCCUUAUUAAGAGCCCAGGUAGGGGCUGGGGGACAAGCUCGAGUGGUGGAGCACCCAAGGCCGUAAGUUCAAACCCUAACACUGCCAAAAAAAAAAAAAAGCCUGAGUGGAGUGAAGGGGUGACUCUCACCCUCCAGUUUCAAGCUGGACAGAUCCCUGGAGCCUGCCCACCCUCUUUGAGGACUCAGCACUGGGUCCCUCUGCCCCCGUCUACCUCCACCUCAGGCCUCUCCUUGGCUGGACAUCUGUCCCUCCCUCUUCUCUGGGCAGUGGGAAGUCCAGGGGCAUGGAAGUGCCCCCUGCAGACCUGGUGCCCAGCACACAGUAGGCCUUCAAUAA